AUGUCGUCGUCUUCAUAUUCACUCGACAAGAUCAAUCCGAAAUUAUUGCGAAGAAUUUAUAGGGCCUGUAGGCCCACUAAUGAUGAGCCAAACUUGGCGCUCAAUUUAGAGAUCUGUGAUUACGUCAAUGCCAAAAAGGGAUCAGCUCCAAGAGACGCUGCAAUUGCCGUACUGAAGCUAAUUAGUCAAAGAGAUCCCCAAACAUCGGAAUUGGCUAUAGCGUUGCUUGAUAAUUUGGUCAAGAACUGUGGCUAUCCUAUGCAUUUGCAAAUAUCUAGAAAGGAAUUUUUGAAUGAAUUGGUUAAAAGAUUCCCUGAGAGACCUACCAUGAGAUACUCUCGUGUGCAAAGAUUGAUUCUUGCGCAAAUUGAAGAAUGGUAUCAAACCAUUUGUCGUACUUCUAAAUAUAAAGAAGAUUUCGGGUACAUCAAAGAUAUGCAUAGACUUUUAUCGAAUAAAGGGUAUGUUUUCCCCGAAGUGAAGGUUGAGGAUAUCGCCGUGCUUAACCCUGGUGACAAUUUGAAAUCCCUUGAAGAUAUCCAAAAGGAGGAGGCAGUUGUGCAUUCUGCCAAGCUUCAAGAAUUGAUUAGAAGAGGAAGACCACAAGACUUGCAAGAGGCAAAUAAAUUAAUGAAGAUAAUGGCUGGGUUUAAAGAUGACAAUGUCAAAGAAAACAAGAAACGGUUGAAGGAUGAUAUAACUAGAUUGACAAGGAAAGUCGAGAUCUUGGGUGAAAUGUUGACACAAAUUGAAAGUGCUGGCGGUAAGAUUGAUGAUAACUCGGAUGAAGCACUUAUUGAACUUUACAGCUCGGUAAAGAGCUCUCAGCCAAUUAUCAACAAAAUCAUUGAAGGAGAGCACGAAGAAGGCGACGAGGAGAUUAAUAAUCUUUUGUUGUUAAAUGAUAAUGUCAAUAAGGUUAUUAAUAAGUAUCAAUUGCUCAAAGGUGGCAAAGUUGACGAAGCUAGCCAAAUUAAAGUAUCCAGUUCAAGCUCAGUGGGAGGUAUUGGAGCUGGUGGUUCUGGUUCCGGUGCCGAUUUGAAUUUGAUUGAUUUUGAUGAUGCACCAGAAGAUGUCAAUGCCAGUAAAGAACAAGGAUAUAAUGACUUGUUGAGUGACUUAUCAAACUUGACUUUUGGUAAUGCCAACAGUCUGAACGAUGGCUCGCAAGUGAACCCAUUGAAUUUGUAUGGGGCUGGCGGUUCAAUUGCUUUGGGCGGAGCCAAUAGCACCUCUACUACGGGGUCUACUAAUAUACAACAUCCAACUCCAAUAAACCAGACCAGCAAUGCUAACAAGUCUGCAACUUCAAAUUUUGAUUUAUUGGCCGAUUUGAACUCGCCAUCUCCACAAUUGCAAAGUAACAUUUCAGUGUCACAAAGUAAACAAUCGUCAGGCUUAGAUCCAUUUGGCUUUGAUUUUCCAUCUUCAACACCAGCACAAGUUCAAAAACCCAAUGCAACCUCCCCUGGUCAAGGUUAUAUCAAGAUGAUUACUUUGAACGAAUCGGCAGGGCUUAAGAUAGAAAUUGGAGUUCAAGAAGAGUCCAGCUCAAAUUUCAAAGGACGCGUUCUCUUUUCAAAUCGACAAAAUCAAACUAUUUCGCAGUUGAAAUUCAUGGUUGCUGUGCCCAAGAGCUGCAAAUUAGAUUUGCGUCCGCAAAGUAAUGAUGUCAUUUAUGGCUUCAACAACCACGGCGUUUCACAAGACUUUACAAUUGAUAACCCUCAACUGAAACAACUUAAAAUUAAAUGGAAAGUUGAGUACAAGACAGGCAGCGAACAAGCCGAGGAAACCGGUGUUAGUGUAUUGUAA